UACCUUAUCUCUCAACAUUCAGUUCCUGGCUGAUAAGGAAAGCGCUCUGGUCUGAUGCUCGGACACUAACCUCAAUUAUUCAUCCGGUCGUGGCGCUGUGGCGUCAUUGCCGCCGGCGCGGGCCGACGCGCGCCCGGGCACGGGCACCGUCACCGAAUACGACUCGUCAGACGACGCGGACGGCUUCUUGGCCGCGAUGGGGUACAAGGCGGAACUGGUACGCACGCGCUCAACCUGGCACGUGGCCUUCAUGUCCUUCGUGCUGGCGUCGAUUCCCUACGGCCUCGCCACGACGCUCUACUAUCCGCUGCAGGGCGGCGGCCCCGCCGUCGUCGUCUGGGGCUGGGUCCUUGUUAGUUUGAUCAUCCUCUGCGUCGCCGCGUCGCUGGGUGAGAUUACCUCCGUCUAUCCGACUGCUGGUGGGGUUUACUAUCAGACGUUUAUGUUGGCGCCGGCGAGGAUCAGGAGGGUGGCGGCGUAUAUUUGUGGGUGGUGCUACGUCGUGGGGAAUAUCACGAUCACUCUGGCGGUGCAGUUUGGGACGACGCUGUUUUUUGUGGCGUGCGUCAAUGUCUUCGAGUCGGAGCCUGGCGUGGGUAUCUGGGUCACCGACACGUACCAGGUGUUUCUGACCUUUUUGGCUAUAACGCUGCUGUGUAAUGCCAUCUCGACCUUUGGCAACAAAUUCUUGCCCCUUUUGGAUACCUUUGCCGUCUUCUGGACCUUUGCCGGACUCAUCGCCAUGCUAGUCACUGUCCUUGCCGUCGCGAAGGAGGGACGACGCGAUGCUGCGUUCGCCCUGGGAGGUUUCGAGCCCACGUCUGGAUGGCCGGCGGGGUGGUCGUUCUGUGUCGGCUUGCUCCACGCUGCCUACGCCACUUCAUCCACGGGCAUGGUCAUCAGCAUGUGCGAGGAGGUGCAGCACCCAGCUACCCAGGUGCCCAAGGCCAUGGUGCUAACCAUUGUCAUCAACACGAUCGGCGGCCUGCUGUUCCUUGUGCCCCUGAUGUUUGUCCUGCCCGAUCUGGCCAUGCUGGUGGCUCUCCCCUCGGGCCAGCCCGUGCCCACCAUCAUCAAGUCGGCCGUCGGCUCUUCGGGCGCCGCCAUUGCCCUGCUUCUGCCUCUGAUGGUGCUGGCCAUACUCUGCGGCGUGGCCUGCACCACGGCGGCCUCUCGCUGCACCUGGGCCUUUGCCCGCGACGGCGCCAUCCCCGGUUCCAAGUGGUGGAAGCAGGUGCAUCCCACGCUUGACCUGCCCCUGAACGCCAUGAUGCUGUCCAUGGUGAUUCAGAUCCUGCUGGGCGUCAUCUACUUUGGCUCUACCACCGCCUUCAAUGCCUUCUCGGGUGUCGGCGUCAUCUCCUUGACCCUGUCGUAUGCUGCUCCGAUUGCCGUGUCCAUGCUGGAGGGCCGCGCUCAGGUCAAGGAUGGCAAGUUUUCUUUGGGCAAGUUUGGCUGGCUCUGCAACGGAAUUGCCCUUGCCUGGUCGAUCCUUGCCGUGCCCCUUUUCUGCAUGCCCGCUUACCUUCCGGUCACCCCCCUGACUGUCAAUUAUGCCCCUGUCGUCUUUGUCGGUUUUGUUGCUAUUGCAUCUGCCUGGUACGUCGUCUGGGGCCGGAAGCACUACCAAGGGCCGCCGACAGAGCAUCUGGGGCAGCCAGUGGCGGGACUGCCCGGGGCUGCUGCCGGACUCCCCGGCAAAAAGGAUUAGAAAAGGAGCCAUGUCGCUGCGAGAUAUCCGGCGUGAGACACAGCCCAUGACAUAUCGAUGUAUGCACGAUACCACCAAGAACAGGGCUUCCAAGCGUGAUCCAACAACCCAUCCGAACUUUUGAACU